AUGUCCAAUACCAUUGUCCAAAUCUCGAACACAAUCGUGGCACCGCUGACCGUGUCUGAAAAGACUACAAACACUGUACAAGAAAGCGUCCCCGAAGCAAACAAUGAUCUCAAGGAGAAGUCCCGCUGGAUCAACUGUUCCUUCAAGAAUGCGACUCAAUUCAACUACACAGUUGUGAACAGCUAUUUUUCCUCGGGCCGCUACUGGAAAGCACCGGAGGGAAACGGUCCAUUCUCUUCGAUGUCGUUCUCUUGCUGCAAUGGCGAUAAUGCCGUGGCAGGCGUGUCAGGGGGCACAGCGUUCAGUCUGUGGCUUGACUCGAAGCAAUCAUUCGACUUCGCAGUGGGCUGGACGAACCCGCUCUUGGGGUCGAUCAAAGCUGGAGUUGUGGAAUCUGCUAACCCCGAGGCUGGCUACGAGGCGGCACACAGAGAAGGAGGGCAUAUUCGGUCCAAGAACUUCUACAUAGGGAAGGACGAGAAAGGCAACACCAUGAAGUUUUAUAUUCAGGUCUCAGCUUCACCAGGCAAUGACCCUAUGUCGUUUGUAGUGCAGCAGGUUGCGGCUGAGGAUUAG